AUGGUGUAUAUAACGCCAUAUGAGGACGUAUAUGAGGACGUAUAUGAGGACAUAUAUGAGGACGUAUAUGAGGACGUAUAUGAGGACGUAUAUGAGGACAUAUAUGAGGACGUAUAUGAGGACGGAUAUGAGGACGUAUAUGAGGACGUAUAUGAGGACGUAUAUGAGGACGUAUAUGAGGACGGAUAUGAGGACGUAUAUGAGGAAGUAUAUGAGGACGUAUAUGAGGACGUAUAUGAGGACGUAUAUGAGGACGUAUAUGAGGACGGAUAUGAGGACGGAUAUGAGGACGUAUAUGAGGACGUAUAUGAGGACGUAUAUGAGGACGUAUAUGUGGACGGAUAUGAGGACGUAUAUGAGGAAGUAUAUGAGGACGUAUAUGAGGACGUAUAUGAGGACGUAUAUGAGGACGUAUAUGAGGACGGAUAUGAGGACGGAUAUGAGGACGUAUAUGAGGACGUAUAUGAGGACGUAUAUGAGGACGUAUAUGAGGACGGAUAUGAGGACGUAUAUGAGGACGUAUAUGAGGACGUAUAUGAGGACGUAUAUGAGGACGUAUAUGAGGACGGAUAUGAGGACGUAUAUGAGGACGUAUAUGAGGACGGAUAUGAGGACAUAUAUGAGGACAUAUAUGAGGACGGAUAUGAGGACGUAUAUGAGGAAGUAUAUGAGGACGUAUAUGAGGACGGAUAUGAGGACGGAUAUGAGGACGGAUAUGAGGACGGAUAUGAGGACGUAUAUGAGGACGUAUAUGAGGACGUAUAUGAGGACGUAUAUGAGGACGUAUAUGAGGACAUAUAUGAGGACGUAUAUGAGGACGGAUAUGAGGACGGAUAUGAGGACAUCAAUUUUCCUUUUUAUUUAUGA